AUGUUACAAAAUCAACAACAAAGUAUUACUCGACCAAGACACUCUCAUGCAUUGUCAACAACCAUCAUUGGAGAAGCCAUUUUCAAAAUCAUGAUUGAAGACAAAACCAAAACGAAUUUAUUGAAUACCAUGAUGAAGAUUGGAGGGAAAGAUGAACCACAAAAAAAUUCUCAGAACCAACUUGUACAACCCUCGAGUAAUAAUAAUAACCAAAUCAAUACAAGAGAUGAUGGCUCUCAAAUAUCCUCAAGACAAUCCAUGGGUGGUGGUAUCAUGGAUGAUUCUCAUGAUGACACUGCAGAGAUUGAAGUAACUCUCUCAACUGCUGCUGAGAAGAAAAAGAAGAGAAGAUCAUUUUCAAAUGUCAUUCAGCAAACAACGAUGAAUAUUUCAAAAGGAAUAUCAUCCUUGCAGUUUAAAUCAAGAGGUGUUGCAUUGAGAGUUAAUGAGCUACUUGUUUAUACCAUUAAAGAUUCUCACCAAAAUAGAAAGUUAAAAGCAAAUCUUCAUCUCACCAAUGCAUCGGUGACCAUGGAUCCACUCUAUAAAAACUGUAUUAAAAUUGAAACGAGGGAAAAGAUCUUGAGAAUUAUGAUUGAAGAUGAAAGUAUUCGCAAGGGAUGGUUUUAUUCUCUCAAUGAACAAACCAAAAGAAAAGAAGAAGCUCUCAUUGCUUCUCAUUUCUCUUCCUCUUCAUUUGUUGGUGGAGAUGAUGAUGAUGGAGAUACUGGAGGUGAUUCAGAAAAUUGUUUGAAUGCAUCCAUGGUGGUCCUUCAACCAACUCCUCUCAAUUCAGCCCUUAAUCAAAUUUCUAUUGUUGAGAGCAUGGUUUCCCAAUUUACCAAUCAAAUCAAUGAAAUGAAUCCACAUGAAUAUUUUGAUCCAAAUUCGAAUUUAUUGGCAGAACCUCCCACAGGAAGAAAGCGAAGAGUGAAAUUUCCAAGUUUUGAAAUUAGUGGAACCACCAACGAUGUGUUGGAUUCCAUCAACCCCACUCCUACCACCACCACCACUACUCAUACAUCUUGUUUAGUUGAACCCAUCGUGAAAGAACAUCUUUCCAUGCUCACCACAGAGUUUUCGAAUCUUCAACACUUGACCUUUGCGAGUGCCAUUGCUCAUUUAACACUAAUUGGACAUUCAGUGAUGGAAAGUGCUCAAAUUGAAGCUAACCCUCAAACCAUUCUCAAUCACAUGACUGGAGGAUCUUCCAUUCUCAGACAAGGUUAUCUCAUUAAGGCUGGACCAAAUGAUCAUCAACCAUGGAAGAAGAGAUAUUGUGUUCUCACUCAAUCUCGUGAAUUCAGAUAUUUGGAAGAUUUCGGAGGUACUCUUCAAGGAUUAUUUUCAGUAGAGAAUGCCAAUGUAUCGAGAAUCCACAUGGAUGCAUCCACACAUAUCAUUCCAUUUGCAACGACAACACAGGACAACAAUGGAUGCGUUACUCGAAGAUUUCUCUUUAUGAUUGAGACCAUCGAUGGCAUAGUGUACAAAUUUGAAGCACCUUCCUAUGUUUCCAUGAAGAGUUGGUUUCAAUCGUUUGAACGUUGUGGUUGUCGAACCAAACUCGAUGAUGGAGUUAUUUGGAGUGGAAAGUUAUGGAAAGAACGACUGACAACUCCAAUGUCAACAACAACAAGUACAACAACAACAACGAAUGUUUCAAAUCCAAUGUCAACAACAACGAAUGUUUCAACAAACACUACUUGUAGGACUUGUGCUACAACAACAAGUGGAGGUGACGCCAUCUCGAGUGGUACCACUCUUCACACAUCUCAAUGGAUUCCAAGACAUGUUGUAUUGUUGGAAUCGAAUGAAUUGAAAUAUUACAAUAAGAAGGGAGGAACUUUAGUGGGAACCAUCAAACUUGAAGAUAGUUAUGUCAAUCGUGUAACAUGUGCUGCUGUUGGUGGUACUAAUGCCACCACUUGUAAUGAUCAAAUGCACCACUGCUUGUUCAAGAUUUACACACCUGAGAGAAGCCAUCAAUUCCAAGCAAAAGAUGAAGAAACUCUUCAGAAAUGGAUUCAAACCAUUCUCCAAUAUGGUUGUAAGCUGAGAAACGAAAUGGAUCCAGAACCAGUAUUCAAGAAAAAACUUGACCAAUUCUAUCUCAACUCUACAGUAAUGUUAGAACAACAAGAAAAACUACAGGAUUAUAUUGUGGAUGAGGAAAUGUUGAAGAGUAAAUUAUUGAGAAAUAAGAGUCAAGCAUCGAAUACGGCCCGUAUGAUGAAUGUGAGAAAAGCUCAACCACAUGAUUCGAGUCAAUAUGGUGAACAGAGAUUGAAACAAGAACACAGUGAUGAGGAGGUCUCAAAUCAAAAGAGUGAAGAUGAUGAGCCUUUCCAAACCAUUCCUUCAACGAAUGUCGAAAAAGUUGAGACAUUGAAGAGAAUGAAUGAAAAUCACAGCCAGGAAUCAAUGACAUCAUCACCAUAUCGACCACCACCAUCACUACAUGAAGAAGAACAACAUGAUCCAGUGGUAGGUGAUAGGAUUCACGCUCCUACGAAAGAUCUUUCUAAAGAAUCUAAGAGUAGUAGUAGUAAUGAUGAUGAUGAUGAUGAGGUGGUAGUGAUGAUUCCAACAAGUUUUGAAACCAUUAUUAUUGAGAAUCGUGAGACUGUCCCCAAUGAAAUCAUGACCACUUCAUCAUUCAUCACAACAACAACAACAACAACAACUGAAGAAAAAGAGAUUCCUUCAUUCGAAACCACUAAAGACGACGACGAGAAAUCAUCCACUCAUUUUGAGUUAGCGAUGAGGAAUGCUGAGAGUCAUCUCUUGGAAUCAUUAUCACCAAACAACAACAACAACACGUCGAACGACCUGACCAAAUCCGAGGAUGAAGAGCCUACCAUUUCCACGAACCACUCUUCUCCCCACCACACACAACGCGGGUGCACAGAGGACACUCCACUACCCAGUAGUAGUCGUACUAUUACUACUACUCAAAUUGCAUUACACUCUCAGUCACCACCAUCAUCAUCAUCACUACAAGAGACCAAAGAUGUGAUUUCAAAGACUCAAAGUGUAGAGCCUCGACAAAGUAAGGAGUUUUUUAUUACUUCCUUUAAGGCUCAUUGUCAGGAGAAAGUGAUUGGAGAAGCCAUUCAAAAAACUCUCCAGAAAGAAGAACAAGUCUCACCACAAGUCACUCAUUCGAAUGAACAAUACCAUCAUGAAUCGAAUCAUGAUACUCACUACUACAAGGUAUCCAAUCCCUCUUUCUCUUCUGCCCAACCUACCUUUGUCUAUGAAGUGGUUCAAGGUCUUUCUCCAACCAUUGUCAUUGAUCAUGGUUCAGGUGUGUUGAAGGCUGGUUUGGCCGAUGAAGAAUAUCCAAGUGCAGUAUUUUGUAACAUGAUUGGACGAUUGAAAGAAUACAGUAUUGCUAAAGGAAUGAUGAUGAAUGUACAUCAUCUACAUCAUCAUCACUAUGUAGGUCGUCGUGCAACAACAACAACAACAACCAACCCGUCUCAACAAUUAUACUUUGGUGAUGGUGCUCAAGCUUUGAGAAGUCUUCUCUCAUUGAGUUACCCUGUAGAGAAAGGAAUUGUCAAAAACUUUGAAGAUUGUGAAAUGAUGCUUCAAUAUACACAAGAUCGUCUUGGUUUGGAAAGUUUUUCAGAUCAUCCUGUGCUCUUGACUGAAUCUCCUGAUAAUCCAAGAGCCAAACGAGAACGACAAACUCAAAUGAUGUUCGAAACUUUUGAUGUUCCAUAUUUGUACAUGGCCAAAUCUGCGGUAUUAGCCUUAUUCGCUUAUGGAAGAACCACUGGAAUGUGUUUGGAUUCUGGUGAUGGAGUGAGUCAUGUGGUACCCAUCUAUGAAGGUUACUCAUUACCUCAUGCAGUGAAUCGAUUGAAUUUGGCAGGAAAAGAUCUCACUCAUUACAUGAUCCAAUUGUUGAAUGAAAGACAGAAUUCCCCAUUUACUCAAAAUGGAACAAGUGCUUUUGAAAUUGUAAAAUGUUUGAAAGAAGAAUUGUGUGAAGUUCAACAAACAAGUACUACAACUUUGAAUCCAACUGUUGUGAAUUAUGAACUACCUGAUGGUUCUUCUGUCAGUGUUGGAGAGGAGAGAUUCAAAUGUCCAGAAUUGUUAUUCAAUCCCUCUCUCACAGGUCAUCAUGAUUCAUUGGGUAUUGUUGAAUUGUGUAAAAAGACCAUCUACGAUACAGACAUUGAUUUGAGAAAAACCCUAGCACAAAAUAUAUUCCUUUCUGGUGGUUCCACACAAUUCAAAGGACUUCAAACAAGAUUACAACACGACUUGCAACAAGUUUUACCUUACUCUCAAAAAGUGAGAGUUAGUAAUUCCAUCCAUGAUUCACAACAAUAUUUGGCUUGGAUUGGAGGUUCUAUAUUGGGUAAAAUGUCAAGAUUUACCUAUGAUGCAAUGUCUCGAGAAGAAUAUGAUGAGAUGGGUCCACAUCAUGCUCAUGUCAAGUUCAUGUAG